AUGGCCAAGACUAUUCUCCUGAUCAAUGGCCCAAACCUCAAUCUUCUGGGAACCCGGGAGCCUCACAUCUAUGGCAGCACGACCUUGGCAGAUGUCCAGAACGCAGCAGUCAAGCAAGGCAGCGAACUCGGCAUACAGGUCCAACACUUUCAGUCGAAUCACGAAGGCGCCAUCAUUGAUCGCAUACACGAAGCACGAGGCCAAGUCAGCUAUGUGAUUAUCAAUCCUGGGGCUCUGACCCAUACUAGUGUUGGCUUGCGAGAUGCCUUGGUGGGCUGCGACCUCAAGUUUAUCGAAGUACAUAUCUCGAAUGUACACGCCCGAGAGGCCUUCCGACAUCACAGCUAUCUUUCCGACAAAGCCGUGGCUGUGAUCUGCGGAUUGGGCGUCUAUGGCUAUCAAAGUGCUAUUGGAUUCGUUGCUCAGCAACUCGAGAAGGAUGCAUAG